CUCCGCCUUCGUGGGAUAAACCUCUUCCUCUUGUCCUUCUGCGAUAGGCCAUGGAGGUUCUGGUUAGAGCCGGAGGCGCUGUUAUUGAAGGGAUUGCUUGAUUUCUCAGGAUCAAGGCGAAACCUGAACAACUCCUCUUGGAUAUCCUCGUCGAAACUGUCCCACAGCAGGGCAACGCGCUCCCGGUCUUUUUUCAGCCCAAUCUGAAGUAAAAUCGACUCCAGCUCCAGGACAUGUUUCGUGACCGAUCUGCCAUUCUGGCGGCAACGACCGUCGGAAGAACUUCCUUAGCGCCCACUUGUGCUCCUGUCCGCGGACACGCCGGUUGUAGAAGUCUUUUGCGUCGCCAUCGAGAUAUCCGCCGACCAUAGCAACUCGAUGCUCCCUGGGCACGUUCCCGAGCUUACACCAACGGCUCGCUUCAUCUACGAACUGAGUGAAUUGGUCGGAGUCCUCCGCGCCAUCAUAACGC